AUGGCGCGCGGGCACGCGCGGGCGGAGCGCGGGAAGAAGGCGAGGGACGGCGACGGCGACGGCGAGGCGAGCGGCGAGGCGAACGCGCGAGCGCGGGAGACGAAUUGGAUCGCGAGCGCGCGAGCGAGGCGGGGAGAGACGAUCCUGACGAAGACGCAGGUGGCGAAGUUGGCGGGGAAGCUGCCGUACGGGUUGGAGUUCUUGGGCGUGGAUGGACCGAUCGGGCACGUGUCGCGGGAGGGCGCGCUGUACGGGACGAGCGAGGAGGAGGCGCGGCGGUGGUCGGCGCGCGCGGCGGUCGCGUUGGGGCCGACUGGGGAUGAUUUUUUACCGGACUUUGGGUUGGGUGUGGUUGGCGUCGGGCCCUCGACGUCGAAGCGCGGGAUGACGAAGAAGGGCAAGGCGAAUGGGGUGGGGAUGGCGGCGCGCGCGCACGCGGCGCUCGCGGCGGAUCCGUUUGCGGCGCUCGUCGUCGACGUCGAGGAUCCGGUGCGUCCUCCCUCGCGCGGGAUCGGUGGGAUCGGUGUUGGCGGCGGUACGACGUCGCAGAGUAAGCGCGCGAGGGCGGAGGAUCGCUCGAAGCGCGUCGCGCUGCGAAAGCGUCUGAUAGAGCUCGAGAACUUGGUGAAUAAUCUCGGCAAACGCGCGACGGAUUUGGUCGAGCGGCGAGACGAGUUGAGCCUCAUCGCCCAAACCGCCAACGCCAGCGUGAACGAGAUCGACGCGAAGCGAAAGGUGUCAUCGGUCUCUCGAGGGGUCUCGGCGAUUCGGCAGAAGUUAGCGUGCAAACCGGACCAACAGCACGGGUUCAACACGCUUCGAUACCGAUGCUUAUUGGAAAUCGUGCACAAGCAGUGCUUGUCCGCGGUGCGGCAAUUGAUGGCCCACAAGUGGGGGUUUCCGUUCUCCGCGCCCGUGGACCCGGAUGCGUUAGGUUUACCGACGUACAGGGAAAUCAUCACCGAGCCCAUGGACUUGGGGACGAUCAAAAAGCUCAUAGAGAACGGCGGCAAGUACGUCAUGGCGGAGGAGGUUGACGCCGACGUGCGUCUGACGUUUGCGAACGCGAUGAAGUUCAACAAUGAAGGCACAGACGUCCACACCAUGGCUUGCGGGCUCUUGGACGAGUGGGAACCGAAGUGGGAGGCGAUUAAGCAACGAAUCGCCGACGUCGAAGCGUGCGUUUUAGUCGAGCGAGACAUGGCGGUGGCGAAGAAUGAAGCCGCGCAGCGACGCGCCGACGUGGUGAGCAAGGAGAAGGAGUGCGCCAAGGCCUCUGAAGCGCUCGAUCUCGUAAGUAUGCAGCUUCGAGAAGUCGAAACGCAGGUAUUGGCGCUCAUGCGCCCGUUGCAGCGCGAAGAUCGUCUCGAUUUGGCUUCCGAUUUGCGAUGUUUGCCGGAGAGCUUGCGCUCUGGCGCCAAGGACAUCAUCGCCGCAAACACCACCGGAUGGAGCGCGCAGGCGCACUUAGAAGACAUCGACGCCCACAACGAAAUCACGUUACAUCUCUUGGCCCGAUACACGAAGACGAUGAAUAGAAAUAGACUAGCUGUGGUCGCAGGAUGGUGCGGUAACGCCACGCCCGAGCACUUGCUCGAAAAGUUAAAGCAGGAACAAGACGUCUCCGCGGACACCGUCAACUUCGUCAUCGGCCAACCUUUAGACGACGCGACGAGUGGUUUAGGCAUACGGUCCAUCGAUCACAUGCAGGAUGAGUUCGAUUUCGAUCCAUCCGCGUUCAACGACCUCCUCAACGGCGUGCCUCUCGACGUCGACGGAGACGCAAUCGACAUCGACAUCGGCGCCGGCGACCACAUGGACUUGGAUCUGUAG